GGGGCCGAAGGGAGAGAGAGUAUCAGAGAGUGUGUUUCAACUUCAUAGUCUUCUUCGUAAGGUUAGUAAAGUUGUAGAAUCCCUCACCCCCUUCAACAAGUCAAAACCUUUAGCGAUGAGUAGCUUCAACGGGGACGAUUUCAAAGGCCUACGCAUAACCCAGCUCGACGAUGACGACGAAGACGUUAAAAAAGAAUCUCCAGUUGAAGCAAUAAACCUCGAUGAAUUCGAUGACGAUGACGACGACGAGGAAGAAGACGAAAUAGAGCCUGUGAUAUUGGGAUUCGUCGAGAGCCCCAGGUUCCCAUGGUCUAAUCUCCGACAACUCUUCCCUAACUUAGCAGGCGGUGUCCCGGCAUGGUUGGAUCCAGUUAACUUACCAUCAGGGAAGUCUAUUCUAUGUGACUUAUGUGAAGAGCCACUUCAGUUUGUACUUCAGCUUUAUGCUCCGUUAACGGACAAGGAAUCAGCUUUUCACCGGACGUUGUUUCUCUUCAUGUGUCCAUCUAUGUCUUGUCUCCUCCGUGAUCAACAUGAGCAAUGGAAACGUUCCCCUGAGAAACCUAUGCGGAGUGUGAAGGUGUUUCGUUGCCAAUUGCCUCGUGUUAAUCCAUUUUACUCCAGUGAGGCACCAAAACACGACGGAACAGACAAGCCCUUGGGACCUGGAGCUCCUCUUUGUACUUGGUGUGGAACAUGGAAAGGAGAUAAAGUAUGUGGCGGCUGCAAGACUACUCGAUAUUGCUCACCUAAACACCAGUCCCUACAUUGGCAUAGGGCUCAUAAAAUCGAAUGUCAAAAGCUUCGUGCGGUUCUUGAAACAUCUGACUCAGUCGAUAAUGGGGUUUCUCUGACUCAAGUGCAGAAAGCUGCGAGUAAGAGUCUGUGGAAAGAGUUUGUAUUGAUCAAUGUGGAUGAAAGUGAGUAUGAUACAGAGAUGUCAGAAAGUGAUGAAGUUGCUCAACCUAUGGUGGUUUCAAAGAGAGAAGUGGACGACCAAAUGAAAUCUGUGAUGAAGGAUUUUGAGGGAGAUGCUGAUAAGAUUAGUUGGGUUAAUUUCCAGCAACGUGUAGACAAAGCACCUGAACAAGUUCUAAGAUAUUGCAGGAGCUCUGAAGCAAAACCACUUUGGCCAAUAGCAAGCGGUCGAGUUUCUAAAUCUGAGAUUCCAAAUUGCAAAUCUUGUGGUGGACCUCGUUGUUUUGAGUUUCAGGCAAUGCCGCAGCUACUUUUCUUCUUUGGAGGGAGCAACGAGAGGGAAUCACUUGAUUGGGCAACAAUAGUGGUGUACACGUGUGAGAACUCGUGUGAAUCGAGUUUGUGUUACAAUGAAGAGUUUGUUUGGGUUCAAGUCUACAGUCAAACAACUUAAGCAUCUUCUCUUGUGUUUCUCUUGCGGCAAAAGUUUUGUUCUUAACCGGAUCAGCCCGGACUUACAUUUGUAAAAUUUGCCUGGGUUAUAUACACUUGUUCGUACCCUUUCUUUUGGUUAUAAAAAGAUUUGAUAUUAAAACCUCUACUACAAAAUUUGAUAUUAAAC